AAGCGGCUUGCAGGCAACCGUAUUCCAAUUCUCUGUCUUGCAUGAUUGAUCCAACUAGGUGCAUUUGUACAUAGCAGCACUGGUGUUUAGACCGUGAAUAAAUUAAUGAACGACUCGGGCGCUUUUUUCCCUUUUUUUCUUUUUGCCUCCUUUUUCCCCUCCCUAUUAUUACCCUCUUUCAGCCUAGUCGCACGAAGUACGUAUGUUUGCUUCUGCUCCAAUUCCCAAACCACCGCCCUCAACCCCUUUCCCCCUCCCCACCGGCAUCGCAUUCCCCUCAUCCUCAUUGGCCUCGACGCACGGGGAUCCAUCACUCGAGACCCGAUAUGCGAUCGACCUGCAGCCGUCUCCCGCGACACAGCAUAUGGCAGGUCUCGAUGCGGUGCGGAUAGACACGCAGCAUCUCGCUCUGAGUGGAGCGCGCAGAAGUACCAGAUGACACGUUGACCAAUGAGCACGGUCUUGCUGCGUUCUUAAGCUCCUCCGGUA